AUGGCUUCAUGGGUUGAAGAACUCCAUUUUCCUCAUGUAAACAUUCCUGUAACAAUCGGUCAUCUGCUUCCGGUUUUGCCUGCAGGACCCAUAUCAGCAGCCCCAGGUGACAGCCUCUACCUCUCUAACCUUGAUGACAUCAUCGGAGCUCGUGUUUUCACCCCAACCAUAUAUUUUUAUAGAUCGGAUUUCUUAAAUUCCACCCCAGAAUCUAUCGUGAAAACUCUAUUUGAUGCAUUGUCGCGUGUUUUAGUUCCUUACUACCCUUUAUCAGGCAGGCUUAGAGAAACCAAGAAUGGGAAGUUGGAGGUAUUUUUUGGACAAGGACAAGGUGCACUCAUGGUAGAGGCAUACUCAGAGGUGGCCUUGAAUAAACUAGGCGAACUUACAGUGCCGAAUCCAGGAUGGGGCCCCUUGAUUUUCAGGUUCCCGAACGAGGAACCUUACAAAAUUCUUGACAUGCCAUUGCUUAUAGCACAGGUAACUUUCUUUAGCUGUGGUGGCUUUAGUUUGGGCCUAAGGCUCUGCCACUGCAUAUGCGAUGGUCUUGGUGCUAUGCAAUUCCUCCGUGCAUGGGCUGCAACGGCAAAGUCAGGCACCUUGGUUACAAAUCCGGAGCCAUGUUGGGAUAGGAAAUUUUUCCAGCCUCGCAAUCCACCGGUGGUAAAAUACCCGCAUGUGGAAUUUAUGAAAAUAGAUGAAGGCUCAAGCUUAACAAGAAGUCUAUGGCAAGAAAAGCCUGUUCAAAAGUGUUACCGCAUCAGCCGAGAGUUUCAAGCGCAAUUGAAAACCGUAGCAGCUCAAACAAAUGGUCAGAAGACGUUCUCCUGCACUACUUUUGAUGCUAUGGCAGCUCAUGUUUGGAGGUCAUGGGUAAAAGCAUUGGAUGUAAAACCACUGAACUAUAAGCUAAGGCUUACUUUUUCAGUGAAUGCUCGCAACAAGCUCAAGAACCCACCAUUGAAAGAUGGUUUCUAUGGCAACGUGGUAUGUCUAGCAUGUGCAGUAAGCUCGGUGUAUGAACUUAUUACGAGACAUCUCACAGAAAUUGCUCAUUUGGUUCACGAUGCUCGGACUGGGGUGUCAGAGGAAUACUUGAGAUCAACAAUUGAUCAUGUGGAGGUGGACAGGCCAAGAAGGCUUGAAUUUGGUGGGAAAUUGACAAUAACCCAGUGGACAAGAUUCUCAAUAUAUGAAUGUGCAGAUUUUGGGUGGGGAAGGCCAAUUUAUGCUGGCCCAAUAGACCUCACCCCAACACCACAAGUCUGUGUGUUCCUACCAGAAGGGGAGGCUGAUCCUACUGACAGAAUGGUGGUAUGCAUUUGCUUGCCUGAGUCAGCCACCAAUAAAUUUAAAGAGUUGUUGAGUUCCAUAGGCCAACAACCAAGGGAUGAAGAUAUUGAUAGCAAUAAUUAA